GUGUCUGUUUGCCGGCCAUUUUAUCCGGAAUAAUGUCUGUUUGCUGGUUUUUAUCCCACGCCUGUAGGUAAUCAAUCCUUCCAGUUUCUUACUUCCAUCGUUCCUUAUCCAAACCUUCUGUUCUUUUUCCUCUGCUUCCCGAUCCUUCCACUCUUCCCAACACAAAUCAAACUCAUAGGAGUUCUGAGUUGUCGAUUCCUCUAUUAUACCACCGAAGAGUGCAGUCGAUCGAUCGCUGAGUUCGCUUCUAUCGCUCCGCCAUAGCUGACGCCGCCGACUCCGGCUCCGACACAGAACACUCCGAUGAGUCUGCCUCCACCACUGGAGAGGUCGGCGAGCCCUAAUUUCGUGCAGGUCUACUUCGACCCCGGCCACAUCCACACUCAUCUUAUCGACGUUACCCCAUCGGCUUCCAGGGCCUCAGACCAUUCUUCUUCACGCUUCCACUGCCUCUACUUUCUUUACAGAUUUCAUUACACCCACCAAACCUCACCGCCGAUGCCCUCUAAACAACCUGCUCUGUCGCCUUCUUGUGUAACCAAUUAUACAAGUAACUGGCUUUGGCUGAAGGUUCUGUUGGAUUAAUCGGAUAUUGUUGGAUAGGGAGCAUGUGUGAAGGAUUCUGUGAACAGAAAUCACUAUCUUGGAGAGUACAAAGGACAACUCGCGUCAAGGAUUUUUUUUUGGGUUUAAAGAGUUCAUCACUGCUAUGCAGGUAUGUCUUAUUUCUUCUUUUCUUUUCUAACGUUGAGAACUAAAGUCAUGAAUGGUGAUCGUGGGAGGUGUCAAUGGAACUGCAUGUAUGAAUUCUAUCCUGGAACUUCCAAUUAUAACAAUUAUAGGUCGUCAAAUUACAUUACAUUCCAUCAAAAUACUGUGUCAUUCAGAGUAAAGAAAGGCAGACAUGGCAUUCUUAUAAAAUUUUGCUGUCACCGGCUUCUGAUCGGUGCCCUGCUUCUCUGCACACCAAUCUUAUUUUCUUAAUUUGGCUUGUAAGUUGAAAAUAGGGGAUGCGAAAGGACCAUUGUUGGACACAAAAUUUGCUUUGUGUGAUCGUGCAAACAAUCCAAGAGUUUGGUUUCGCCAAGGCACAUAUGGCACUCAGUGAGAUAGAUGCUGCAAUGAAUUGUUUCAAGAAAGCAAAGUGACUUGGAACCAAAUGAUGGUUAUACAAUAAACAAUUCAAUGUAGAAAUAGACAUGCAAAUAGAUGGUUGCCCAAAUGUAUAGAAUUAAAUUGCCAAAAGGUAUAGAUCUCAAUUGUGAGAUGUUUGAAACUUGAGAAAUUUCUAUCCUACUUUUGCUCCUCGUGAUUUUUUCUAGAUGGUUAUUCCCAUGUAUGGCACCCAUAAAUUUGUCAUGUCAAACACCUGGUGGCUGGAUCACUUUAAUACAUUGUGGAGCAUAUAUCUAUAAUUCAUUUCCAUUCACUUUGUGAGAUUUAACUGCAAAUUGUGAAUAUAGUUACCGCCUUCAAUUAGAUUACAAGUUUUUUCCUUGAUGUUUGGUAUAUUUAUGAAUCAUGUUUAGGACAUCGAUCUGUUUUGUUAUCAUUAACAGUUUUGAGACUAAACUACCCC